UUGAGUUGUUGAACCAGUUGAUGGUGUAUUAAUACAGGUUCAUACAGAACUUGGUUGUGCAGAAGACAGACCCAAGUACAUCUGUACCAUAAUUUCUGGCAUAUUUCGAACAUACAUAUGUAUGUGAAAUUUUACUUAUCUGUUAUCAUUCUUUUUUUGCAUCCUUCCUCGCGUCGUGUCCGACAUUUGAUAUGCUAGUCUCGAGUCGAGUAACGUACAUAUAUUUUUUCGAUGUUCGCUGGUCGUGUAAUAUCACACAGCUCGUAUGUAAACACGCGUACUGAGACCUGCUGUAUGUACUUAUUACUCGAUAAUGUUUUUUGAAAACAAAAACCUUGUGAUUUUGCGCGAAAUCGUAUAAUUUGUUGUGUAAUUUCAUUGUUCCGUGUUCAUUUUAUAGACUUGACAUUUUGAGUUGUUUCGUCGCAAAGAAUCGAAUUAUUGAUAAAAAUGGACGACGAUCCGACCGAAUUACGUUCACUGGCGGCGAAAUCUACGUGUAUACAAUUCGUGUACCAAUGGGCCAGCUGUGAAAUGUCAACAAUCUAUACUUGGAAAAAGGAAGAAGAUUACGGUACAUGCCCGGAUCACGAAUGGUUAAUUUGGAAAAUGAACGAAAUGCAGCUACCCGGCCGUCCAGUGAUGCCGGAUUUGGUACGCGACCAAAUUGAAUGUCAUAUGACGUCGAUUUUGAACCAGGUUACCCGAUGGAUCUGUUAUCACCAUAAAAAAAUUUCUUCCACGAUGAUCCGGCGUCUCCUUUGAAACAAUACCUGCUGAAAUUGAUUUGGAAACCGGAUCGAUCGAUCGACUACGCAGCUACUGCGAAAAACGUGUUGGCUAGCUCGAAUUUCAACGCGAUGGAAAAGUACAGAUUCGCUUGUACGUAUUGUUUCCCGGAGGAAGUGUGGAAUUUGAGAGAUAUGGCGGAGGUAGCGAUAGAUUGGUGUUUUAAAAAAGAGCCAUUGCUGAUUUAUUGGAGUAAACACUUGACCAAUCAGUUGCAUACGAUACCUGUACCGGCGAACGAUUCAAUCGACGAGAUCAUGUUUGCUAAAGCUCUGAACGAAUUCGAUCUUUGGCAGCCCAUAAAGUACUUUUUUGAAAAAUUGAACUCCGGCGACAGAUUAUUGCAGUCUAAGAACGUUGUCUCACACAAACGUGGAAAAUAUCAAAAACAACUUUUGGCUUUACUGAAUGAAUGCGAAAAAACUUCCGUGUACCAGGCUAAUUUGAAAAAAAUCAUUAAAAAUUACGACAAGGUAUAUGACUUUGAAAGUAUUCGACAGAUUUACACCGAAUUGAAGGGCAAAUUGAGUUUCAAGAAUUUUGCUCUAAUUUUCAAAAAAUUGGCGUCUUUGUCGAUGCAAGGUCUUCUUCAUUUCAAUGCACUGACACCAUUACUAAUGGAAAUUUGGAACGAUGCCAGCAUGGAGUAUAAAGUCCGUGUAGCCUCAAGUGGCUUGCGAUCACGCAUUGUCGAUAAAUGGUACGAUUUGAUUAUGGAAAACGAGGGCUAUUAUUACGAGAAUAGAGACCAAUUCCGCAAUCCUUUUGUGCUUAUUCGUGCCUUGGCUGAAGUCGACGAACCGCGAAAUUUCCUCAAGUCGAAUUUUGAUUGGCUGGUAGUGUGGCAACCGUUCGCUUCAAUAGUCAAACUAAUUGACGAAUUUCAAUUCAAUGCCGAAGAUGUCGAAGAAUUGAAGAAUGAUAUUCGACAAUCGGAUACAAUGGAGGGAACUUUUUCUGGAUAUUUGAGGUGUGGCGAGUUUGGUGAAUUUAGCAGUAUUAUAUCGUUUUGCUACUCGGAUGAUAACGCGAGCAAAAUCGCGUACCAGAGAAAAUUUUUAAUGGAGAAUUUGGACUCUCUUAGUCUUGCAUUGAUGAGUAUCGAUUGGAAAAUAAUUUACGAAUUCGUCAACAACGUGUUUUGUGAUACCGAUGGCGACGACGGAUUCGAGUCCUCCUGCACUACCCUACUGAUGCAAAACGCUUUAAAGAAAGGAAUGUAUGUUCUGGACAGAAUGAUGCAUCUGAAUGAAGCAAAUAGCAUCGUGGAAUGUAUUGAAACUUUUGUGCCACACCACGACAAUUUAUCUCGGGCAAAGAAGGCCUGCAUUGAUUUACUUUCCGAUCAUCUUCAUAAUGGUUAUCUGCCCACUUUUAAGGAGACACAGAUCGAAGAGAUUCUGACUUGGUGCUACGGAAGUGAGACAGGUGUUGCUGAAUUCAAAGAGAAAAUCAACGUUUCGGAAGCUUUUAUCAACAUGUUGGAAGGCUGCGUCAACGGAUACACUUUCAAAGCGAGUGAUUCUAUGGAGGAAUUUUUGCAUUGGUAUUAUCCAAUCGAAAGUGAAAGGAAAGCUUUCAAAUUGGAAAUGAUUUACUCGUACGGCGAAUUCGAAACGAUCGGGGAAUUGCUAAAGGGGAGAAUGUACCGUCCACGUGCACAUCUGAUGAAGUGGUUUUUUGAAAACGACGACUGUAAAAUAAUGGAAUUUAUUACUAAAAUAUACCUAACUACGUGUAACGAAAGUUCGUCAAAACGAUAGUCGAUGGUUGAAUUUUUGAAUUUUUUAGUAAUAUUGUAAUUUUAAUGUGUAGCUUAUAUUUUUAUCUGUGAUUCUAAAUCUGUUUUAAAUUUUUUGAUUUCAACCAAUAUAAUUCAGUUAUUGUAAUAAAUUUUGUGAUGUGAUUGCUA